AUGGGUGCCAGUGGCAGGUCCCAAGAAACUCGGCGCUCAGCGCGCGUCCCGCGUCCCGUGUCGCGCAGGUUGGCGUGCGGCGACGUGGAGGGGCGGCUGGAGGCGCUGUUCGCGCGGGUGCGCGCCGUGCAGGCCCGCAGCGGCCGCUUCGAUAUGCUGCUCUGCGUCGGCAGCUUCUUCAGCGCCGCGGCRGCGGCCGAGUGGGAAGAGUACCGGGCGGGCACCAAGACAGCUCCAAUCCCAACCUAUGUGUUGGGUGCUAACGAUGAGGACACCGUGCGCUAUUUCCCGGACGUCAGCGGCUGUGAACUGGCCGAGAACAUCACCUACCUCGGCCGCAGGGGGGUGUUCAGCGGCACGUCUGGGCUGCAGAUCGCCUACCUGAGCGGCACCGAGGCCCAGCACGAGCCCGCGCUCGCCUCCGCCUUCACCGCCAAGGACGCGGCGGAGCUAACAGCGUCCUUGCUGUCAGCCCCCGGCUUCAGAGGGGUCGAUAUACUGCUCACGUCUCCCUGGCCCCGAGACGUGGCCAGGUUCGGCAACAGUCCUGGAGAAAUAGACACCAAGAAAUGUGGCUCUGCAUUGAUAUCUAAUUUGGCUGCAAGUCUCAAGCCAAGGUAUCACUUUGCUGCACUGGAGAAGACCUAUUAUGAAAGAGUUCCUUAUAGAAACCACACAGUGCUCCAAGAGGCCCCACAGCACGUAAGCAGGUUUAUUGCAUUGGCUGAUGUUGGCAACACAAGCAAGAAAAAGUAUCUCUACGCGUUCAGCAUUGUUCCCAUGAGCAAGAUGGACCCUGCAGAGCUGGUGAAGCAGCCCCAGGAUGUCACAGAAAAUCCGUACCGAAAGCUGCAGAAAGAGGCACACAAGGGCAGGACUCUCGUGAGUGCAGAGGAAGAAGCCGCUUGUCAGUUCUUCUUUGAUUUGAACAAGAACCAAGGAAAGAAACGUCCCUCGGAUGGGAAGGAAAGAGGGAACUCGCAGCCUAAGCAAGCUAAAAAGCCCCCGCAGCCAACGGGGCCCUGCUGGUUCUGCCUGGCCAGCCCGGAGGUKGAGAAGCACUUGGUUGUUAGUAUCGGCACGCACUGCUAUCUCGCCCUGGCCAAGGGCGGCUUGUUGCCUGACCACGUCCUCAUUUUGCCCAUUGGGCACUACCAGUCCGUGGUUGACCUCUCUGCCGAGGUGGUGGAAGAAGUGACCAAGUACAAAUCUGCCCUGAAGGACUUCUUCAGAAGCCAGGGGAAGAGAUACGUCCUGUUUGAAAGGAACUAUAAGAGCCAGCACCUGCAGUUACAGGUGAUUCCCCUCCCGCUGAACCUCUGCACUGCYGAAGACGUUAAAGAGGCCUUUAUCACGCAGGCUCGGGAGCAGCAGAUUGAGCUGCUGGAGCUCCCGGAGCACUCGGAUAUCCAGCAAGUGGCCCAGCCCGGCGCGCCCUACUUCUACGUGGAGCUGGACACGGGCGAGAAGCUUUUCCACCGCAUCCGGAAAAGCUUCCCGCUGCAGUUCGGCAGGUAUCGGGGGGGCUGGCUGUGA